AUGAAGGGUGCGUUGGAUCGGACGAAGGUGGUGCUGCGGCGCUUACCGCCCUCCCUUUCUGAGGCCGCUCUUUUGGCCCAAAUUGAUGCCACCUUCGCUGGCCGUUACAACUGGCUAUCUUUCCGUCCGGGCAAAAUCAGCCAGAAGCAUAUAUCAUAUUCUAGAGCCUACAUUGACUUCAAGAGGCCAGAUGACGUUAUACUGUUUGCGGAGUUCUUUAAUGGACACGUCUUUGUGAAUGAAAAGGGAUCUCAGUUCAAAGUCAUUGUUGAAUAUGCCCCUUCCCAACGUGUUCCAAGACAGUGGUCUAAAAAGGAUGGUCGUGAUGGAACCAUUUAUAAAGAUUCUGAGUAUCUGGAGUUUCUUGAACUACUUACCAAGCCUGUGGAGAAUCUUCCCAGCGCUGAGAUACAAUUGGAGAAGAGAGAAGCCGAACGAUCUGGUGCUGCAAAAGACAUUCCUAUAAUUACACCGCUUAUGGACUUUGUGCGCCAGAAAAGAGCUGCGAAGGGACCUCGGAGGUCAUUAUCAAAUGGAAAAGUGAGUAGAAGAGCUGGUACUUCAUCAAAUGGGAGUCCUAGUUCAGGCACAUCAAGACGAGGUUAUGGAAAAAAGAGGGUUUCUGCUACAAUGUAUGUUGCCAGGGACCCAGGGAAAAGUUCUGCUAUGAAAGAGAAACCAAUUUAUACUUUGGUUCCUAGGCAAGGUGAUCAGCAGAUUUCAAAUAAAGCUUCAAACAUGGCCUCUUCAGAUGGAAAACAAAAUCUUGAUGAGAAUGGUAAAGUUGAUGUAUCUGACUUAGAUAGCAUGUCACAGCAUCAAAAUGUAACACCUUCAGCCAAAACAAUUGUUGGUGCAACAGUUUUGAAGCAAAAUCAGAGGCAUGAAGGUAGUGGAAGGAUUAUCAGAAGUAUACUCUCGAAAAAGGAGAUGCGUCAAAGCCAGUCUUCCAGGGCACUAUCUGAGCAGCAAAUCCAGACAUCUAAUCUAGAAAAAGAAAAACAAUCUCCUCGACCCAUACAUGUGCAACUAAUUCUGAAGGGCAUGAAUGGAACACCAGAGAAUAAGAUUAGUGUGCAUGAUUCACAUUUACCUAGCGAGAGGCAGGAGAGACAUAUUAGACAUAAAGAUAGACCUGAUCGUGGUGUAUGGACAAAUCGUUCCAAUGGAGCUGAUGAGUCUUUCUCAAUUGCUGCUUCCUCACUAGUAGAUCCUUUGGAAGGAAAUCAUGUAGAUUUGAAACAUGACAUGCCAUAUACAAGAAGUGGGGAUGCAAAAUCUCUUGGAGGUGUCCGCACCGGUCAUUCUUCAGAAAAUGGCUUCAAUAAGCAUUUUGGUCGCCGUGGACCAACACAUGGGGUAAAGGAUGUUGAUGGCUAUUCAGUUUCAAGUGAAGGGAAGCAUCCUAGAAGAUCUAGUACCUCUGCUUAUGGUUCCAAUGAGAAACAAGUUUGGGUUCAAAAAGCAAGUUCUGGUUUUGAAAUUUCUCUUGAUCUGGCAUUAUAG